AUACUAUUGUUGUGGCCGAGAGAUUUUCAUUAGAUCCCUGGUGGCCAGUGUUAAAUACGUAUCCUGUGUCUAAAAUAUUUUUGGCAGGAAUCGGCUCAAAGGAGGCACUGUUGUACCCAAGUAAAGGGGCAUUUAUUAAAGAUCAGUAUGGCUUGAAAUUCAAUUUGUGGGCAUCAGAGUGUCCAUGUCUUGAACAAACGUUUUCCUGUCUUGUAUGCUUUCGGGCAUGGUUAGAUGGCAAACCAAUAUAUCUAAGUGAAAUAGAUGGUAGAAUUAAGGAAAUUGAGAAAAAUGCGUCCGAAAAAGGAUAUGUAAGGAAGUCAACAAAGCUGUUUUAAACAUUUCAGACAUUUUUGGUUUGUAUUAGGUUAGAUGUAUCGCGCUCAUAGUGUGGGUCCAAAUGAAGUGAAGAGAUUUUUGGUAUACAAGGAUUCGUUUGGAAAGACAAAAGUUUAUGAGCCAAGUUGUGCAUUUUUGGGGAAAAAGCUCAAGGGAGAUAUACAUUAUUGUUGCCCUACACGAUUAGCAUCGGGGACGUUAGAGGGUAUGGUACAUCAGUUAGCUAGAGAAUUCUUCCUUAUUGGGAGGGGGAAUUCUGGAAUUGUGCUCUCGGUGAUGGGAAUCCUGCCAGAUUACCUUAUGUUAAACAGUAGUUAAAGAUUUUGAAACAGGGUCAUGAGAAAGGUCACGUUAUUCCUAAACAGGCAAAACCCAUAUUCAGGUCAAAAAUUAGGAAGAUCAUGGGAUUUAUUGAUCGAGAGCUACAGGUUAUAGAUUUGAGCAAUAAAUUGAGGUACAUUUUGUUGAGAGAUCUAGACCAGGCGUUUUUCAAGUUACAGUUUUGUAGUGGGUGACAGGGCUGGGGAUUUAUCCCAUUUAAAAUCUCAGGAAAUAACCAAACUGGGCGAUGGUUCAGGAUUCUGUAUUUCUCUAAGCUUUGGUAAAACAUUGUGGGGAGGAAGAGCAACAUAUUUGUCUUGAGAAAAUGUGAGAACAAGAUUAUGUGUCCGGUAAAGGGAUUAGAAGAUUAUGUUAAAGUUAUGAAAAGUGAAGGGGUGGAUUUAUCAGUUGGGUAU